GUCUAGAUACGAGGAGAGCCUGCGGCGACCACCCUGUUGGCUGUAGUUAGCUUCACAUUGUGUUUUAAUGUUCGUUUGACAGUUAAUGCGGCACUUAUGACGGCGCGAAUGUAAACUUUACAAAUGUUUUUUUUAGAUUCGCAGGAUACACGGUCACCACGUCACACGCUGUUAGCUUAAACCGGAACAAUAACGAGGCUCACAAACGUGCUGUUUAACACUAUGUUGAAGAGACUUCAGAGGGACAGAGACAAGGAGUUUAGGCACAUAGCUCCUGGUUUGAUCCCUGCAGCCUCCAUUGCUCCAAAGCCUGCAGUGCCUCGUACCCCACCCCCCCGCAGCCCUGACCCCUCACCUGAGAGGCCCAGAUCAGCCUUAGCUGCAGCCAUCUUGUCUUCAUCACUCACUGGACAAACAUGGGCCAUCCCUCUUGCCAGAACUAGGUCUCUCUCUGAGACUGACAGAUCAGAGUCCUUCAUAUCUGAGCCAAACAUCAGCACAGCACUUUACAACAGAGACAGAUGGUCUGAAGAUUUGGGGAGCCGACAACGUUUGUCCUCCUCUGACCACUCAGACAAUGAGCUGGAAGACAAGGAAGAUAAAGUACAGGAUGAAGAGGAUGGGGAGGACCACAUCUACCAAACCCUGGAUGGAGGGGUGACUUGUUCAAUCACAGAACCUCUUUAUGCUCUGCCUCUAAAAUCUAAGACAGAAACAACACGGCCGACUCAGAUGCCUGAUCGAGAAAUGCCUGCUACAGAUACUGACUUUAAACUAACAGGAGAUUUCACAGAGGAAGCCAGCAACCAGUUUCCUGAGACCAGCUCCUCUAAGAAGAAAGUCUUUAAGAGCUCUGGCAGGCGCAAACAAGAUUUACCACCUGUGCCAGCCAUCCUAAACACAGACGUCCCCAGUCAAGCCAAAAACCAAAAACACCCCACCCAGCUGUCUCCAAAGCCCAACAUGCACAGUGAGGUGCAGAGGGAGGCGGUGCUGCCAAAGAAAACUAGAAUGGCAGAGGAACAAAAGCUAUUGGAGGAGAGACUGCAGCGCCUGGAACGGGAGAUCAGUCAGAGCCAAGCUUUUUCAACCCCGAGGUCAUCUGCAGUUCUUGCAGGCAGCCAGGCAGAGAUGCAGAAUUUGAGGCAACAUGCUCAGGAGCUGGUGGAUGAAAAUGAUGCCCUCAAACUGACAGUUCACCGUCUGAAUGUGGAGCUGAGCCGCUACCAAACCUGCUUCAGGCCAUUGUCCAAACAAGAGAGCUCCAAAAUCAGUGGCCUACCACAGACUGGUACUCCUCCUCCCUGGCUGCUUGACAUUAAGUAUUUGUCUCCACUGCUGCUGGCCUAUGACGAUAGAAUGACUGAGAAAGAUAUUCUUCUGCAAACCAUGGAGGAAGAGGUGAAGAGGUUGCAAGUUCGUGUGGAGGAGGUUGUCAAAGAAAAUGAGAGACUUCAUGAUGAAAUGGUGAAGACUGGAGGUGUCACUCAGAAGGACUGUCAUCAACUACAGCAACAGGCCUUUUUAGUUUUGCAAGAGAAUCAGGUUUUGAUUGAUCAACUUGAGGCUCAGCACGUCAAGACCAAGGCCAACCACAGCAGACACCACUCUGAAGUGUCCAAGGUGUCUAAGCAACUGAUGUUGCUGGAGGCAGAAAAUGAGCGUUUGCAGGAGGACCUGGAAGAAAGCAGGACGGUGGUGCAGAAAAACACAAAGCAGGUCCAAGUUCUGCAGGCCCGCCUGAAGGAAGCUGUCACCAGGGAUGAGCAUUGCAGCAUUACUGGGAAACUGAAAGGGCAGCUGGAGCAGCUGGUGAACAGGAACAAGAUUGAGAUGGACGAGCUGCAUCUCAGAGUGUCCAGUCUGCUGGAAGAGAACAGGAGUCUGGCUCUGGACAAAGCCAAUCUGACUGCUGAUGUAAAGAGACUGGAGGCUGAUCUUAAGCUCAGCAGACAAGCCAACUGGAGGGCUGAUAAGAAGAUGAAUGAAUUAAAGCAACGGAAAGAAGAGUGCACAACACAGGAAGAAAAGACUCGACAUUACCUGGGAGCACUCCUCAACAAGGCUGAGCAUGUUUCCAAGGAGCGUGACCAACUUUUAGACAUGGCAGCCAGUCUUCAGCAGGAAAAGAAGAGAUUCAUCAACAAGAUUUUGAAUGGCACUGUUCGACUUGGGAAACUACAGGAGGAAGUCAAAGUGUAUCGGAGACAGGCGUCAACCAGACUGGCAGCACUGGAGGAGGCAGCAGAGGGGAAGACAGCUUCUUACCAGAGGGAGAUCCUUCACCUGCAGAGGCUGCUAAGAGAAAGACAGGAGGCUGAGGAGAGACUGCUGCAGUCUAAACGGUAGGAGGGGAUGAGGAGGAGAGUGAGAGAGGGAGGAGAGAGUGGAGGAGAAAUGGUAGGAGGCAGGCA